CCUGUGCCUGGGCCCGGUGGGGAGGCCGGGGAGGGGGCCCCGGGGGGCGCAGGGGACUACGGAAAUGGCCUGGAGUCUGAGGAACUGGAGCCUGAGGAGCUGCUGCUGGAGCCAGAGCCUGAGCCUGAAGAGGAGCCGCCCUGGCCCCAUGCCCCACUGGGCACCCCAGGCCCUGGGCCUGGCUCAGGAGUCCCCGGCAGCCAGGAGGAGGAGGAGGAGCCGGGACUGGUCGAGGGGGACCCAGGGGAUGGCGCCAUUGAAGACCCGGAGCUGGAAGAGAUUAAAGCUCGAGUCAGGGAGAUGGAGGAAGAAGCUGAGAAGCUAAAAGAGCUACGGAACGAGGUAGAGAAGCAGAUGAAUAUGAGUCCACCUCCAGGCAAUGCUGGCCGAGUGAUCAUGUCUAUUGAAGAGAAGAUGGAGGCUGAUGCCCGUUCCAUCUAUGUUGGCAAUGUGGACUAUGGUGCAACAGCAGAAGAGCUGGAAGCACACUUUCAUGGCUGUGGUUCAGUCAACCGUGUUACCAUCCUCUGUGACAAAUUUAGUGGCCUUCCCAAAGGGUUUGCAUAUAUAGAGUUCUCAGACAAAGGGUCAGUGAGGACUUCCCUGGCCUUAGAUGAAUCCCUAUUUAGAGGAAGACAAAUCAAGGUAAUCCCAAAACGAACCAACAGACCAGGGAUCAGCACAACAGACCGGGGUUUCCCACGAGCCCGAUACCGUGCCCGGACCAGCAACUACAACAGUUCCCGAGCUCGAUUCUACAGUGGUUUUAACAGCAGGCCCCGGGGUCGUGUCUACAGGGGCCGGGCUAGAGCGACUUCAUGGUAUUCCCCUUACUAAAAAAAA